AUGCCGGGUGUCCAGGAGCUCGCCACAGACAACGCAUUUUUAGCAGCUGCAGCCGUGAUGCAACCUAAGCUCGUCGCAAGGCCAUUCAAUCCUGAUAGACCUCAGCUGUGGUUUGCUCAACUGGAGACCCAGUUUACCGAUCUUGGAAUAGUGACGGUGAUCCAUAAGUAUAAUAAAACUGUUCCGCUAAUUGAUAUGGUCUAUGCAGCAGAGGUCGAGGAUCUCAUUAUUGCUAGACCAGUUAAUACCCCAUUCCAAAUAUUGAAGAAUGAAUUAAUUCGAUGUUUUACCACAUCAAGGUCAAUGAAUUUAUUACGACUGCUGGACAAUGAGAAUCUUGGAGAUCGUACACCCUCGAAGCAUCUUAGGCAUUUAAAGGCUCUGGUUCCAGGUAUCGAUGAGGAGGUCUUAAAGACACGCUGGCUGUCUCACCUUCCGGAGCAGACUAGAGCGACGCUUGCUGCCCAGGAUGACGCUUCGUUGGAGAACCUGGCGAAACUGGCUGAUGGGGUCCAUGAGGUCUUUCAACCUCCUCAGACUGCAGCUAUUUCGGCCUCGUCGGGUAAUGUGGUCAACUCUGCGCUUCGUGAUGAGCUGGAGAGUUUGAAGGCUACAUUCGCUGCGAUGUAG